AUGCAGUUCGCUUUACCUCCGCGGAGGAGUCCCCAUCCUCUCCCCAGCGCCCGAUCGACUCGAUUGUCCUACCACCGCAGGAAACAGCUGAAGACCAUCGCUGUAGCUGCGAUCGCAAUUGCCACAAUCCUCUACCUCCUCUCUUACUUUACCUCUUCAACCUCGACAUCUGCUGUGGCCGCAACGGCUAGCACUUCAGGCGUGGUGAUCGUCACGGUUCUGGAUCGAAAGGCGCUAAGUGAGAGCUUCAUCAAGAAGAUCGUGACCAAUCGCGAAGAUUAUGCAAAGCGUCACGGCUAUACGAACUUCUUCGCAAGCACAUCCGACUAUGAAGAAGCCAUCGGCGAUUCACCCCGAAGCUGGGCUACGCUCCCCGCCGUCCGACACGCCCUUGCUAGAAAUCCAAGCUCGAAAUACUUCUUCUACCUCAGCGCCCAUGCGCUGAUCAUGGACCCAACCAAGUCGCUCAAGUCGCACCUAUUAGAUCGGAGCAAACUGGAAUCGCUGAUGAUGAAGGACGUGCCCGUCGUCCCGCCAGAUAGCAUCAUCAAAACAUUCCCACAUCUUAAGGAGAAGGACGUGGACCUGAUCGUUACGCGGGACAGCGAGGAUCUCAGCCCUGGCAGCUUUAUCCUCAAGAAUGGCGAUUUUGCCCGUUAUUUCCUUGAUCUUUGGUUUGAUCCGCUGUUUCGCAGCUAUGGAUUUGCAAAGGCCGAAACGCAUGGUCUGGACCAUAUCAUUCAAUGGCACCCGACAGUUCUCGCUCGAACGGCUUUAGUUCCGCAACGCGUUUUGAAUGCUUACAGCAAAGACUCGCCUGGUGCGUCUAUGGAUGGAACCUACAAGGACGGUGAUCUCGUCCUUCGUUUCCCCGGGUGUGAAGCAAAAGGCGGCGAUUGCGACGAACUGGAUCCGUAUUAUAUGCUCUGGCAGAAGAAGGCGAAAAAUGUUUGA